AGUUACGCUAAGGUUGGUUCACCAAUCACGUUUACCUCUAUUUUUGUAGAGGUCGGACGCAUGUGCCAAGGAAGAGUUUGUUCGACAUGCUGGAGGACUUCAGUGCGGCUUAGACUUCAGCCGGACGGGGUCUGGCCAUUCUUGUCUGCGGUGUGUGUUACUACAUCUGUCGAUCACACCAAGCUGGACUAUCGAAACGGAACGAACAAAUUUUAGGUGAAUCUAUUCGAGAAUAGUGAGCUUGCAGCAGCACAAACGAAUCCACCCCAAAAUAGUGUUUUCUAAACAAGAAAAAUUGUUCUCCAUAAACAGUGAUCAGUUCUGUGACUAAGAAACGAACAAAUAUUUUUGUAAUGAAUAUAGAAUGCUCUGGUGUCAAUCUAUAGUUUAUUAAAAGUUUCACAAUCGAAACGUCUAAUGUACACGUUGUCAACGAAAAGUGAUAUUUAAAUUAUAGAAAAGAAGAACAGUUUGCUUAAACGAAUUCAAAAGUAUUCUCGAAGAAGCCUGGUUUAAACUGCGCUCUGUUAAAAAGUCUGUGGUACAGCCGAUACAUUUAGGGAGUGUGUUAGAAUCGAAUUGUUCAAAAUGCAGUCCUCACGAGUGAGAAGUGCACUCGUGCACCACAGAAACGUGCUACGAGUUAUCAACGUUACACCGAGAACCUUUGGCACCGAUGUACACUACAAACCCAUCAGAAGCGUCCUCGUCGCGAAUCGAGGUGAGAUCGCGAUUCGCGUGUUUCGAGCAUGUACCGAGCUGGGUAUUCGUUCGGUGGCGGUGUAUUCAGAGCAAGACAAAAUGCAAAUGCACAGGCAAAAAGCCGACGAGGCUUACAUGGUCGGCAGAGGGCUGCCACCUGUUCAAGCUUACCUGAAUAUUCCUGAAAUCAUAAAAGUUGCAAAGGAGAACGACGUCGAUGCCAUCCAUCCGGGUUACGGUUUCCUGUCUGAGAGAUCAGAUUUUGCGCAAGCUGUUAUCAACGCUGGAAUCAGAUUCAUUGGUCCCAGCCCUAAAGUCGUGCAACAGAUGGGUGACAAGGUUGCUGCAAGACAAGCCGCUAUAGAAGCUGGGGUACCGAUCGUUCCGGGAACAGAUGGACCAGUGACCUCGUCCGAUGAAGCGGUAGAGUUUUGUAUGAAACAUGGACUUCCGGUCAUUUUCAAAGCUGCUUACGGUGGAGGCGGCAGAGGAAUGAGAGUUGUAAGACAGAUGGAAGAAGUCCGAGAAAUGUUUGAACGUGCAAUGUCGGAAGCGGCAGCUGCUUUCGGGAACGGAGCCAUGUUCAUUGAGAAGUUCAUUGAGAGACCAAGACACAUCGAGGUUCAAUUGUUGGGUGACAAUGCUGGCAAUGUUGUCCAUCUUUACGAACGUGAUUGUUCCGUACAGCGUCGUCAUCAAAAGGUCGUGGAAAUUGCUCCUGCACCGCUCCUAGAUGUUAAAGUAAGAAAUAAGAUGACCGACUAUGCCGUAAAACUGGCGAAACACGUUGGUUAUUCGAACGCAGGUACUGUCGAAUUUUUGGCCGACGAGUCCGGAAACUUCUACUUCAUUGAAGUUAACGCCAGGCUUCAAGUUGAGCACACAGUGACGGAAGAAAUUACCGGAAUCGAUUUGGUACAGUCUCAGAUUCGUAUUGCCGAGGGUAUCACGUUACCUGAGCUAGGAAUGACGCAGGAGAAAAUCCAUCCUCAAGGUUCCGCUAUACAGUGUCGUGUAACCACAGAAGAUCCUGCGAAGAACUUCCAGCCGGAUACUGGAAGAAUCGAAGUGUUCCGUUCCGGUGAAGGUAUGGGUAUCCGAUUGGACGGUGCGUCUGCAUUUGGUGGAGCGAUUAUUUCACCUUACUAUGAUUCCCUUCUUGUCAAGGUGAUAGCCCACGCAGGUGACUUGCAGUCAUCCUGCGCGAAAAUGAAUCGCGCUCUUCGCGAGUUCCGUGUUCGCGGUGUCAAAACGAAUAUUCCAUUCCUGUUGAACGUGUUGGAGAACCAGAAGUUCCUCAACGGAAAGGUGGACACGUAUUUCAUCGACGAAAAUCCGCAGCUGUUCCAAUUCCAGCCGAGUCGGAAUCGUGCGCAAAAGUUGCUAAACUAUCUGGGCUCUGUCCUCGUAAACGGUCCUAGCACUCCUUUGGCGACCGAUUUGAAACCGGCGGAAAUAAAACCGCACAUUCCCCAGAUUGCUCUAGACUUUGCUAAGCUUGCAGCUGCUGAAGAGAACGGUGAUGCAGAUUUACCAGAUGUUAAAGAACCACCGAAAGGUUUCCGUCAAAUCUACAAGGAAAAGGGGCCGGAAGCGUUCGCGAAGGCCAUCAGGCAACACAAAGGAUUGCUGUUGAUGGACACCACUUUCCGUGACGCUCAUCAGUCCCUGCUAGCUACUCGCGUGAGAUCGCACGAUCUUCUAAUGAUUUCGCCUUUCGUCGCUCAGAAAUUUAACACUCUUUAUUCCUUGGAAAAUUGGGGUGGCGCUACCUUUGAUGUCGCUCUUAGGUUCCUCCACGAGUGUCCAUGGGAGCGGUUGGAAGAUAUGAGGAAAGCCAUACCGAACAUCCCCUUCCAAAUGCUUCUCAGAGGUGCUAAUGCUGUAGGUUACACUAACUAUCCUGACAAUGUUGUCUAUAAAUUCUGCGAACUGGCUGUACAGACUGGAAUGGACGUCUUCAGAGUAUUCGAUUCGCUGAACUAUCUACCGAACUUGCUUAUCGGUAUGGAAGCAGCUGGCAAGGCCGGUGGAAUCGUCGAAGCUGCUAUCUCGUACACUGGAGAUGUGAGCGAUCCGAACAAGAAGAAAUACGACCUGAAGUAUUACACUAACUUAGCGGAUCAGUUGGUAAAAGCCGGCACUCAUGUCCUGGCGAUCAAGGAUAUGGCAGGAUUACUGAAACCGAAAGCAGCGAGAAUGCUAAUCGACGCGAUCAGGCAGAAACAUCCCGACGUACCAUUACACAUUCACACGCACGACACUGCUGGAGCUGGGGUAGCAUCCAUGUUAGCCUGCGCGGAAAGCGGAGCCGAUGUUGUCGAUGUUGCCGUUGACAGUAUGUCCGGAAUGACCAGUCAACCUUCCAUGGGUGCUAUAGUUGCGGCACUUAGUGGUACGCCGAACGAUACUAAUCUUGACCUCCGUGACGUUUCGGAAUACUCCGCUUACUGGGAACAAACGAGAACAUUAUACGCGCCGUUCGAGUGUACGACCACUAUGAAAUCCGGAAAUGCAGACGUCUAUUUGAAUGAGAUUCCUGGUGGCCAGUACACGAAUUUACAAUUCCAAGCCUAUUCCCUUGGAUUGGGAGAAUUCUUCGAAGAUGUUAAGAAGGCUUAUAGGGAAGCCAAUUUGUUGCUCGGUGACAUUAUUAAGGUCACACCGAGUUCGAAAGUUGUCGGCGAUCUUGCCCAAUUUAUGGUACAAAAUAAGCUCACGGCUGAUGACGUCAGAAACAAAGCCGAAGAACUGUCAUUCCCUAAAUCAGUGGUCGAGUUCUUCCAGGGUGCGAUUGGCGAGCCUUAUGGAGGAUUCCCUGAACCACUUAGGUCAAAAAUAUUGAAGGACAUGCCACGAAUCAAGGGCAGGCCCGGAGAAAGUUUGCCUGCGUUAGACUUCGGCGCAUUGAAGGCUAAGUUGCAAGAAUCUCAUCCACACAUUUCAAACAAAGAUGUCAUGUCAGCGGCUCUCUAUCCUGAAGUGACGAACGAUUUCUUAACGUUCAGAGAACAGUAUGGACCAGUAGACAAACUGGAAACUAGAAUUUUCUUAACAGGCCCAAAGGUCGGAGAAGAGUUCGAUGUCACUAUUGAAAAGGGCAAAACUUUGGCUUUCAAGACUCUAGCCGUUGCAGAAGAUCUCACGCCGAAUGGAGAACGCGAAGUGUUCUUCGAAAUGAAUGGACAACUCAGAUCUGUAUUUAUCAGGGAUAAGGAAGCUGUAAAGGAACUUCAUGUUCAUCCAAAAGCUGCCAAAGGAGACAAAAACCAGGUUGGAGCACCGAUGCCUGGCACAGUGAUUGACAUCAGGGUAAAAGUUGGCGAUACGGUUGAGAAAGGAGCACCGUUGAUCGUCUUGUCGGCCAUGAAAAUGGAAAUGGUGGUGCAGGCGCCGAAAGCUGGAAAGAUUAAGACUCUCGACAUCUCUCAGGGAAUGAGAUUAGAGGGAGAAGAUCUAGUUCUGACAUUCGAAUAGAGUUCCAUAUCCACUGAGACUGGAAUGACUGUGAAAUCAUGUCGCUGUAUACAUUCUUAAGACAAGAGUACGUUUCGUUUAAUUGAUAGUUGCUGAAUGUCGUUACUAUUUGUAUACAGAUAAGUAGACUGCGGAUUUCCGUGCAUCCAUUGCAUAUACAAAUUCGUAAUACAUGAGGGAAUGUGUAUAUUAAUAUAUAAUAAUGAAAUUUUUAUUUCAUUUUUGGUACGAUCUUUCUACUGCCGAACAAAAUGUGUCACUGAUCAUAAUUUUUGUAGAAUAGGUAUAGACAGAAAUUCGCAUAAAAAUCAGCAGUCUACGGAUAAGUCUUACUCGUCUAAGAAAUUGUAGAAAAUAGAUAUUGUACAUAUUCUAGUUUUAACCAGAGGUUGAAAUUUCAUGAACUUUUAUAUAUAUAUAUAUAUAAGGAACGUAUUUGAAUUUUUAAAAUACAUUUUUAUUCUAUGUCCUUGUCCAUAUAAAAUUUUAUUUUAAUACAUCUGUUAUUUUUCAAAAAGGUGAAGUAAUAUUGUCUGCAGCAUUAAGAAGAAAGUAUGAUACAGUAAAUUGUGAAUGAUUUUAUGAAAGUUAGGAAUUAAUUUACUACCUCGUAAAUCAGUAGAAGGAUUUAAAAAUGUGGAAGAACAUUGCACAUAAGAAUUCGAUUUGCAACAUUAAUUAAAACAGUAGCAAUGAAUAUUCUUUUAAAAUUUUCAUCGCACUGUAGAUGCAUUACUUGCUAAAACGGUUUCUGUGACACCGUUAUGUCGCAUUCUUCUUAUCUUAAUUGAUUUUAUUCAUUCUCUGUAGUCACUGCUUUGCGUCAAUCAUUUACUAGUACUUAAUUUAAUGUUGCAAAUAUAUCAAUUAUUUUUUAUGAAAAAUUGAAGAUGAUCAUUCAACCGGCUAAUGUGUUCAUGUUUGGUGAUAACUAAACUGUAGUAGAUAUAGGCCUACGACUUUAAGAAAUCGGGAAGCGAGUGUCAAGAGGUGAAUAAUCGAGAAUUGAAAAUUAUUAUUUUUAAUUCAUUGUUAAUGUUACUGUACCUCGAAACCGUGUAAAUAAUUAUUUUAUUUCACUGUUUUGUAACAAAACUGCAUUAUCGAAUUACUGAUCGAAACAUUUUUCGCAUGAUUAACAGUUCAUUUUUUAAUGAAAUUGUCGAAUUAUUAUUAGUAAUUGAAAAGUUUUAUUUUAAAAAAUUAAAUGCAAUAUCAGUUUGAAAUUUUGUGCCUCUAUUUUUCACAUACCAAUUAAUUAUGUACGUGAAUGUUAUGAAAUUCUUGGGAAAUAUUUUUUCGGAGAUAUUGAGUAUCAUAAUUUUAAUAUGAUUUCUGGAAAUACGAUAAGUGUUUAUUAAAUUUAAAUUCCGUUUUGAAAUUAUGCUUACAGCACGAAAAGGUUUUCCGGUGUUACGUACAAUAUAGUUUACAUAUCCUUGAAUAUGAAUUUUAUAUAAUUUGUCGCGGUACGUAUAAAUAAAUAUUGGCGCAAAGUUCUGAUCUGUUAAAUAUUGUUUUGUUAAGUAAAAUAGUAGAAAAUAUUAUACUUCUUACAUAUUGCGUCUAAUUUUUAUUAGAUAAGAGUAAAAUUGUGAAUUAAACAAUUGCACAAAAUAUUAAUGCUUCUCGCAUCGAAUGACCAUGAAUAAUAUUAAUUAAACUUUUAGCAGUUCGUGAAACUGUUUUCUUCCAAGUACGAUCAAAGCUGCCAAAAUGUGUUAUUGAAGCAUUGCGAAUUUUUCAACGGAAUUGUAAGAACUUAACAAUUCUCAUGUCCAAGUAUAUGUAAAAUUAGUUUUGGGAAAAUCAUUCCCUUAGUUGUAAAAUGAAAAUGGAGACCGAAAGUAUCUAGAAACGUGAAGUGUUUGCAAGAAAUGUUAUAUAUUUUCAAUAAUAGAUUUAUCUACCGGGUACUGAUAUUUCUGGAAUGUCUAUGUGAAAUGUAAAAACAAUCUGAAAUAGUUCUAUGCACAAAUGAUCAAACUCAAUAAUGAAUUGAAUUAUUGUAGUUGUAUAUUAUUUAUAUAAUAGAUGAUGUUUCCUUCAGUGACUGUUAUUAAAUUCUCUGUUGUUUAUAAUUUCAAUAAGAAAUUACAUACCUUACAUAAUGAUAUUAAAAUAAAUUAGCAUAAUCGUUUUUGAAGGUUUACAUUAUUUUUAGGUGAACCUGUCAAGAAUCUAUGUCUUCAUUGAUUCAUAUGAUUUUUUAAUAUGUUGUAGAAAUUAAUAUUUUGAACAACUUUCACUUAUAUAUAUAACUUGUUCUUUUGCUAAUUCUGGCAGCUAAAAGUGUUGUUAGAUGUAGCUUCAGUAUCUAUAGGGUGUCUUACCUAAAAUCAGUUUCUUAAAUGUAAAGAAAUGAAUUUUAUUUAGAUAGCUGAGGAUAGUAUUGGUGAGGCUGUCUUUUCGGGGUGGGGGUGUAAACACUAGGUGCUUUAAUUCAUAAGUAACAUGAUUGAACAACAGUAUAGAUGUACGUUGUCACGGAUACAAAAUUCAUUGUAGUAUUACCGACAGCUUUUCAUAAUUAGAAAACAUAAGUGAGCUCACUGGUUAUACAUAUGCAUAAAAAAAAAAUUGUUCAAAAUAUUGAUUUAUAGGGUAAUUUCGGGUGAGAUGGUCCGAUCUAAUUAAAAUUAUCAAAUAUCUUCAAUUUUGUUGAAUGGUAUACUGAAUCUUGUACAUACAGAGAUUUAUUUAACUAUUAUUCUUAUAUAGGUAUAUCUGUUUUCACACAUAUAUGUUAUUGUUUCGUAGGUAUCAACGAUAUUUAUGACGUAUUAGUGCUUUUUAAAAAAGUGAGCCAUCUCUCCCCGACUUAUCUCGACUCACAACGUAUACAGAAAUCAUUCUAAUCAGUGUUGGCAUCACAUUUCAAUAACUUCACCCAUUUUUAUAUUGUAUAGUACAAGUAUCGUCUACAUUUCUCCUGAAAAGUCAUUACAAUCUUUUACAAUGUCUUGAUAUUACUGCUAAAAAAAUAUAUACUGUCAUACUUGAUUUAUUGUUACACAUUCAAACAAAAACUUAAUUUAAGAAGUUUUUGAAAAUGAAUGUGUAAAAUUCAUGAAAACGUUGUACAUAUAAAUAAAUACAGUAUACGUGUAGGUAUGUAAGGAAUAACAAGGUUUCUCCUUUGUUUGCAUUUUGAAGCACUUUAGAAUGGUAUGUGACAUAUAAACAUCUGAUGGCAUCUCAUAUUGCAAUUAUCGCAAUCCACACCCUAAUGUGCGUUUGAAAAACAUGUUCGAAGUGUAUUUAUAUAGAUAUUGAAAUUGAUUGAAUGUAAUUACAUUUGUAUGAUGCUUUUACAAAUGCAAAAGAGUCUUUUACAAUUAAUAGUCUGAGGUAUUUCUUUCUGAUGUGUAAUUCCUCUUUUAUAAUAUAUGUAUAUUUUUGUUGAUAUUUAUUUACAAACGAUAAUCUUUUUGCGGUAAUUUCUAUGUAUCUAUAUACAAUCAUAAGUAAACUACGAAUCUUUAUGCAGAUCAUAAAUUAUUUUAUAAAAAUCAGAAUAAAGGACAAAUUUAUUUCACUAAUUAAAAGAUUCUUUAUGGUAAGGUAAUACAGAAAUUCCAUAAACGAAUAAAGAUCAGUAGCCCACUCUUAAGCAAAUAACAAGAACCGAAACACCUAUCUUGACAGACAAAAUUAAAUUUUAUUUAAAAAAUCAGGUUAUUCACUAUACACAGUAAACUAAUAAAAAUUAAUAAUAUUCAGUUAUCUAAAUUGAUUUUUAAGUGUAAUAAUAUUGUCCAACAAAUCUUAUUCUUUUUACUGUAUUCCAACAUUUCGUAAUUCACAUAGAUUAUUAUUGAAUAAAAAUUUAAAAAGAGUCUUUCUAUCAAUCUCUUUGAAACUUAAUUUUAAAAAAUAAAAUCGAAUUUUUCACAAAUAAGCUCGAAUGUCAGCCGUGCCUGACAAAACAGUAAAAAUUACAUUAAAUGUCUUUUAAACUAUAACAAUUAAAGAACAAAUUGCCAUGCAAAAAUUGCGUAAUGGAGAUAAGACUAUUACAUGAUAAUGUUUUUACACUUUAGAUUUCUUCAAAUAUUUAAAUAUCAAUUCUAACAACAGUUGUUCAGAGAAAUAUUAUAUCCUCUAAUGCAGGAUCAUUCAAGAAAAUAUUUUUAUAUUUAUUUAUAUUUAUUUAAACAAUAUAACAAAAUAUUUCCAAAGCGAUAACAAUCAUUAUCGAUACGAUAUUGUAAUUUUACGAUUAGAGUGUCAAUUGCGGAAGUUAUAGCCUUACAAUUUAUUGCCCCGUCAAUGAGUCGCUGGACAAUACUGUCAUAAACCGCGACCCAUGCGAAAUACCCCUAAUGGAUCGCGCGAUUGGUUCUCGGAACCAAUCCUUUAAUUUUGUCGGAAUAGUCCUGAAAGGUUUCUUGGAAGUAACAUCGUUUUUCACCUCGAGAAAAAUAUUAACCAAUCCAGAUACUAAUUUCUUCGUAGUCAACCACCAAUUCUGCGGCAUAAUAAUCGUAUAAACUUUGGGCAAUCAAUUGCACAUUACAUAACACUGAAGAAAGAUGGUUUCAAGCAAAUAUUCAAACAUUUGAUCAAACAACGUGUACAAAUUUAAUAAAAUAUUUUCUUUAUUAUUCAAAAGAACAUCAUCUAAUUCUUUUUCGAUAUUUAGAAACAGGAACAGUCGUUACUUCUUUUAUACAUAGUAUUCAUGUAAAGUCGAAUCGAUUAAUAUCGAUUAUUAGAGGCAUAAGGAGUACAAAAUAAAUCGUUAAAGCCUGUUAGUUCUGUGAUGUGAAUCAGACAGCCGAUAUUUUUCAGGAUAUUAGCAGUUCGAAAAAAUUUCUUUCAGCAGCUUUCACAAACACCGAAAUCGAAAUAUAUUCUGGUUUUCUAUUAUUUUCCAGAAUAUAAGUGUCGAUAACUCUACUUUCAGUUACGCGUAUAAAUUGUCAUUGCUGCUGAUAUAAUGUUAGUGAUAGUGUCAUUUAAUCUGAAAAUGAAAGUCAAAACGAUAUGCAACAAUAAACCGAUGAAUGAGUCAUUUAUGAAAAUGAGACUUUCCGUUUAUGAACAAUUUUUUCCGCUUAAAAGUGAAGGAUGGUUUUAAAGCACGAAGGAAUAUCUUUUGAAUAAAAGUAAUUGCUUUUCAUUUUUCACGCAAUAUGAACGAUUUAUUAAUUAAUUUGUACACAGAGUACAAAUUAAUUAAUUUAGUUAUUUUAAUUCCUCCAAAAUGUAUCCUUACAUAUGCGUGAUAGAAGUUCGAAAUUUUGAGGAAAGAGUAGAAAACCAUAAUACUGUCAAACAAAUUUAAAUUCUUCUCUUGUAUUUGAAUAUUUAAUAAGUUAUAAAGUGUAUCAAAUAAGAUAAUAUGUAACAUUAGAAGGUUAGACAGAUUUAAACUUAUUUAAAGAAUAUUCAUAGUGAAUGAAAAUCUUGUUGGAUUUUAGUUUUAUCAUUUCAUUUUUAGUCUCUUGUAACUCGAUAAAGCAGCCUUUGUUUGUGUAAAAACCAUCGAAGAACGCUACAACACGACUUUGUUUUAAAUUGACAGGACAAAAUAGUGUUACAUGACACAAGGUUUAAUGCAUUCAAUUGUACUAGCUUGCAUCUCUGUUACAUUUAUCGUUAAUAAAUUAAUGCAGCUUGUAAUGUCGAAUUACACUCAUUUUGACCCUUUAUAUAUUUGACGAAUAUUGACACGAAAAUCUAAAAACCAGCUAAAUUUCUGAUGGGAGUGUGAAUAAUUUCAUUGUUUGAAUAAAUUUAUAAGAAACAUGACAAUUAUUCUUUCGUUGAAUGAAACUUUUUGUAACAGGAGAAAGUUUGUUCGAGCAGUUAAAAUAAACUCACAAAGUUCAGGUGAAAAUUGAAGAUGGAAACUAAUAUUUUUGUUGUAAUAACUAAUAAAUAUGAAACAGAUAGUGAAAAUUAUACAAUAGGGUUUAAUUCUCGUUAUUACUAAGGAAAUAUUUUAAUGAUUGAAGGGAACUUUAGAAAGGUGUGGCGUAACGAACGCAUCCGAUAGCGUUUUGUUCAUUUUUCAUAGCUCGUUUGCCUGUCGCUUUCUAUUCAUUACCAUCCAACCGAAAAAGAAUCUAACAAUUCGAACUUCCGCGAAAUUCUAAACAGUCAUUGGUUUUCUUCGAAACCAAGCAGAAACAAUAGGAUCAUAAAUAAGUUAUUACAUUUUGCAAUACAUAUCUUAUUCGACAGAAUUAUUUUAUAUUAUUAGACUAAUAUAAUAUUUAUUAUCAUUAUUAUUUAUGCUUACUAGCCAUAAAUCUGUAAUGUUCUGUUUCUACUUGCAAAAUUAAAUAUUUACCAUCUAUUCGUUUUUCAAUAAUCAAAAAUUCCUGUUUUUAAAUGACCGUUAUAUUCAAAUAAAUUCUAUGCCAAAAGUUGUCUUAUAUAUUCUGUGAUAAUUCGUCUUUAAAGUUCUUUUCAUUUUCUACGUGAAGUGUGUAUAAUCACGUUGUACAUAAUAUACUAAAUUACAUAUACAUGCUGUUCCUAUAUUAUAAUUAUAACCUGGUCAUAAACUAAGAACUGCAUACAACCAAGAAUUUAAAUAUACACGAUUAAAAGGAAUAUUUUGUU